AUGAGCUGGCUCCAGAAUUCUACCCAAUGGGUCUCAGGCAAUCCGGUUAGAUCUGCGUUUGCCGCAGCUGGUGCCACUGCUGUGAUCAUCCCUGGUGUUGUCGUCGCCCCGGUUCUCGCAGUUGCUGGUUUUGGAGCCCAAGGUAUCAUAGGAGGCUCUAUUGCAGCAGGAAUUCAGGCAACGAUAGGAAACGUCGCUGCGGGGGUCUUUGCCAUUUUUCAAAGUGCAGGCAUGGCUGGAUAUGGCGCGGGGAUUGUGAACGGCGGAGUGCAGAUCGCUGGUGUUGUCGCUGCUGCUGCAGCAGCAGCUGUUACUGGUUUUAAGGAGCCUGAAGAUGGAGAUAAAGACGAAAAGAGUCCUGGAAACUCCUAA